AUGGCGAAUCCACCAAUGCGGAACGUCAUGAAAUUUCAUUUUUUCAACCUGACCAACCCAGACGAAGUCCUGUAUUAUGGAGCCAAGCCUGAACUCGUCGAGUCAUCUGCUUAUGCUUGCAUGUAAGAAUAAGGACUUCUUUAAUUCUAAAUCCAGUUUUCAGAGAGUCUGAACAGAAAAAAUACAUUGAAUUCAACAAAGAGGGCUCUCAGCUGUUCUACCAAAACUAUAAGAAAUACAUUUAUGAUAGUGGAGAAUCGGAUGAAGGAACUUCUUUCGAUGACAUUGUUGUUUUUCCUAAUCCUACGGCCACGGUAUAUCCUUCAGGAUAGUACAAACUAUUUCCUCCCUCAGGGAGCCGUCGCAGCAAUGGCUGACCCUGAAGUCAACAUGUCGCGUACAACGAAGCUCGCGACUUCGAUUGCGUUAUUGUUACUCGGAGAAUAUCCAAUAAUGUAGCGUAAACAGAUUGAUUGAAAAAAAUACCAUUCUCAGAACAAAGAAAGUGAGAGAAGUUCUUUUUGACGGAUACAACGAUGCGCUCCUCGACAUCGCUCAUUCACCGGUGAUGCUCAAAUCUUGAAGUCUUGAUCUGAUUUUCAAGUUUUCAGCUUUUAAAUGUGUUAUCCAUACUACUGAAUGAAGGAAAAUCAAUUAUUCCUGUUGCUGUUCCUGACAUGAAAAAGUUCGGAUACUUUAUGGGGGUAACAUAUUUUCAAAAAUUCAAAAAACUGGUAGAUCGAUUUCAGUAUAAUAAUUCGUACGACGAAAACUUCUUCAUAAAAACUGGUAAAGAUGAUAUAGACGAUUUGGGAGGGAUUGUUUCUUGGGCCGGAGUCCACAAAUUGCCUUCCAGUUGGUGGUCAACCGACUACUCACGUGAGAUUCGAGGUUCAGGUUGGAGAAUUUUUUCGUUUACUGUUCAAAGCAAAAAACUGGAAAAUUUUCAGUUUUUUGUUUCAGAUUCGGCCAGCUUUUGCAAAACGAAGCUCAAGGAGACCGACGAACUGCCUUUCUUUCAAUCUUUCAUAUGCCGUUCUUUCACCAAAACUUUCAGCGGCAAGGGCGUAAUACAAGGAAUUCCUGCAAUGGAGUCUGUCAAAAUCGAAGAAUUUUUGAAAACAAAUAGUUUGCAGAUUUUCCGUUCCCUAUGAAGAUUUUGACACAACUUCUGAAAAGAAUGCCGGUUUUCGGUAUAAAAACGUGGAGAAAGUUGAUUAUUACCCCGACUGGCCAGGCUGCCCAAGGUAAAUCGUCAGAAGAACCUUUAUAAUUAGUUCUUCCAGGAACUUCUGCAACUCGAAAUGUCAGUCGGAAACCUGCAGAUUUUGUUGUGGCAGGAACAUAGUCAAUGGAACUCAUCUGCUGCCUCCAGGAAUGUUCCCUUUGGUAUGCUACCCAGGUUUAUUUUCUAGACUGUCUUGAUUAAUAAUAAUCGAUUCAGGUCAUUUGAAGCCUGCUCCUUUCAGUGUCAUUUAUUCGGCUCCUCAUUUUCUUUACUCACCGGAACAAGUGAGGAAGUCCGUUUCUGGUAUAUCCCCUUGUGAACAAAAGCAUCGUCCAAUGGUUUAUCAGCAUGAACAAGUAAAAAAAGAUCGAGUUUUGAAGUUAAUGUUUAUUUCAGUUUACUGGAUCCGUCAUACAAGUUGACUAUCGUAUACAAAUCAAUAUGCCAGUCAUGAAAAGUUCAUUGGCAGUGUGAGCUCCAUUCAUAAUCAAGUUAAUGAUAAUAACUGUUUCAGACAAACAACAAGUUUGCCAAAUGUAAUAAUCCCUUUAUUUUGGCAAGACGCACACGCAGUACUCAACCAAUAUAUUUAUAAUAAAAUGUGGCUAGGAAUAGUAUUCACUCCAAAACUGGUGUAUUUCAUUGCUUACGCUGUACUUACUUUUGGUCUAUUUUUGAUUGUAUUUCUGGUUUUCCUGAAGUUUCGUGAAUUUGAAAAAAUUCCUAGGAGUGCAUAAUAAAUUUUUGAGUUAUAGAGGUUUGAAUGAUAAUAAAAUCAGCAACAGAAGUUCAUGCCUUUCUUCUUGAAAAAAAGUUCCUGGAAGCGGAACACGUUUUCUUUUUUGAAAAACUUCGCUAAUUGAGUUAUAACAGCUUUUGCAGAAGGAAACGCUGCGGAAAUCAUCUAUAAAACAUUGCAUUUUCAUAAAAAAUAGUCACAACUGCUUUCAGUUUCGAACUUCCAAACUUUGAGGAUUUUCCGCACACGAAUUUUUGAGAACGCUUUCAAAGUGAUUUUUUUCCUGUUUUUUUGGGAAUAAUUUAUAUCAAAAAAACAAUCAUCUAAUUAGAAAGAGAUCGAUAGCACCGAAGUUUCUGCACAAAGUAUAAAAAGUCUAAAAAUCCAAAAUUCUCUUUUUACGUCAGAGAAACGUGAUUGAGAGAAGAAAAGAACAUUGCAAUAAUUUAAAUAUUCCAUUAAACUAAUGCGAAAGCUUGAAAAUGAUUGUCAUGAGGUCGACCUUUUGGAAAAGUCAGUCAUUGCGAUGCUGAAGCGGUUUAACAGCGAUAACUCCUCGGAAGCUGCCGAAAUGCGUUCGCAGCAUAUCGCCAACCUCACCCACAUGUUCUGGAAGCAGAAUGAGAAUUUCGCGAACCGCUCCAAUAUUUUACUGUAA